AGGAGGAGAGGAUGAAGCCUAUCCCCAGAAGUGCUUUCUCUCAACACGUUAAAGAGAUGCACAGAGAACGAGAGAAAGGAUUUGAACUUGAAUAUCACUCACUUGCUUCUCCUAAAGUCUAUCCUCACUUUAUUGCUAAACUCGAUUGCAAUGGACCAAAGAACAGAUUCGCUAACAUCUAUCCAUUUGAUGAUUCACGUGUUGUCCUCUCAGUGUUGGAUGGUAUUGAAGGAAGUGACUAUAUCAAUGCUUCAUUUAUUGAUGGCUACAAUAGACGGGAUGCUUAUAUAGCAGCACAAG